AUGGACAUAAUAGCACCAGAUACCAAGAAACCUACCUUCAAGUUACACAGUAAAGCAGCAAUAAGCAGUCUCACAAAUGCACUUCACAAUAUAAACUGGGAAUCUGAACUCAAAAAUCCACAGGAUAUAAAUUCAUUAGCCGACAUCUUCCUUUCCAAAACUAAACCACAGUCAGUGAACAAUAGACCACAGUCAGUGAACACGAGACCACAGUCAGUAAGCAAUAGACCACAGUCAGUGAACAAUAGACCACAGUCAGUGAACAAUAGACCACAGUCAGUGAACAAUAGACCACAGUCAGUGAACAAUAGACCACAGUCAGUGAACAAUAGACCACAGUCAGUGAACAAUAUACCACAGUCAGUGAACACGAGACCACAGUCAGUGAACAAUAGACCACAGUCAGUGAACAAUAGACCACAGUCAGUGAACAAUAGACCACAGUCAGUGAACAAUAGACCACAGUCAGUGAACAAUAGACCACAGUCAGUGAACAAUAGACCACAGUCAGUGAACAAUAGACCACAGUCAGUGAACAAUAGACCACAGUCAGUGAACACGAGACAACAGUCAGUGAACAAUAGACAACAGUCAGUGAACAAUAGACCACAGUCAGUGAACACGAGACAACAGUCAGUGAACAAUAGACCACAGUCAGUGAACAAUAGACCACAGUCAGUGAACAAUAGACCACAGUCAGUGAACAAUAGACCACAGUCAGUGAACAAUAGACCACAGUCAGUGAACAAUAGGCCACAGUCAAUGAACAAUAGACCACAGUCAGUGAACAAUAGACCACAGUCAGUGAACAAGAGACCACAGUCAGUGAACAAGAGACCACAGUUAGUGAACAGUGUACGAGGGUCAGGUCAUAGGGGUCGAGGUGACCAACACAAUAUCGCACCUCAUAUCCAUAAUGUUAAUAAUGUACAAGACAACAUAUCAUUAAAACCAAUCUAA